UCGCGGUUGUUGCAAGUGAAUUAUUGGAGGAAUGGCGGUAUAAAAUACUUCGGAGUAAUAAAUGCGGACUCGCUAUCGUUUGUUCCACUCCGGCUGGUAUUGCUGGUACACUUUGCUGGCGCUGACUACGGAAACGUACGGUAGCCCAAAUUCAUAGACGCCUUUGUACACAGCUGCCCGUAGCACUGCUCGACUGUUGCUCCGGAGUAAAGAUGGCGGAAGUCGAGAAAAAUGAGGAGCCCGCAAGAGAGAAAGAUGAAAUGCAAAUUUUGAAGGAGCUUGUUGAUGAUCUGUAUAAUUUUAGAGAUCGGUAUUUUGAGACUCACAGUGUGGAGGAUGCUGGGAGAAAACAGAGCAGUGUUUCACAAGAGAUGGAAGUGACACUACAGAAGUUGGAGGCAAAAGAAGAUUGCUUUAAACACAAAGCAGAGUAUUUGCUACAGAAGGGCAGGUGUCUGAACAUAGCCCCGGGGUUUAGUGUCACGGCAGAGGAGUGCCUUUCUAGGGCUGUGAAACUGGAGCCUGGCCUGGUUGAGGGUUGGAACACCCUUGGGGAGCAGUACUGGAAAAAAGGAGAUCUAAUUGCUGCCAAGAACUGCUUUACUGGAGCAUUACAGCAGAGUAAGAACAAGGUGUCACUGCGAAACCUCUCCAUGGUGCUGAGACAGCUGCCAGCAGGAGUCAGUGAAGAGCAGGGCAAGCGGGUGCUGGAGAGCGUAGACUUGGCCAGGCAGGCUGUUCAGCUGGAUGUCACAGAUGGAACUUCCUGGUACAUCCUGGGUAAUGCCUACGUAUCCCUUUUUUUCACCUGCGGACAGAAUCCACAGAUGUCUCAACAAGCGCUAAGUGCCUAUGCACAGUCUGAAAAAGUGGACAGAACCGCCUCGUCUUACCCUGAACUACAUUUCAACCGGGCAACUCUGUUCCAGUAUGAGGAGAUGUUUGGGUCAGCGCUGGGCGGCUACAGCCGAGCCGCAGUGCUCGACCCCAGUUGGGAGGAGCCUCCAGACAGGGAAAGGCAGCUGCUGGACUAUCUGGGGAAAGUCACAGAGCUCAUGGAGAACAAGGGGAAGGUGAAGGCACGUCGGCUGCGGACGAUGCUCUCCAGUCUCAACACGUCAGCCUUGGGGCCUUGCUCCUCCCCUCAGUUCCGCUCCCCUACAGGACGCGUGGGGAGCCUGGAGCCGCAGAGCCUGGCCGCUCUCAAACACGGCCACAACGCCGAGGUGGCCGCCCUGGGCAAGGUGGUGUUCAGCCUGGCGCCUGAGGGACGCAUGGCCUUCACGUUCGGUAUGGUGGACAGUGAGGAGACGUGCAUGGUGGUGAUGGUGUACAACACAGCAGACAGCUGGGGCGUCCUGAUUGGAGACACCGUAGUCAUUCCGGAACCUCAGGUCAAAAGACAAAGUGUUACUCAUAAAGAACAGUCUUUUGACUUCAGGAGUAUACGAGUGGACUCCCCUCUGCUGCUCAUAGUCAAUGGAAAGAAGCAAAACCUCCAGAGUCAGAUCGCUGCUUCAGUCAGUUACAAGCCCCAAAGUGAAUGAGUGGAGCUGAGAAUUACUCGGGGGGGGGGGGGGGGGGUCUUGGUGGUAAUCAUCAUCAGUUCCGUAACCUAUGGAGGUCAUAGGAGCACAGCUGAUGCCUUGGCAGUAAUGGGGUCUGAAAACCAAAUGGCGAGCAUGAAGCUGCCAUGUGUGGCUGUUUUUAGUGUGAGUUCUGUAAAUAGAAGAUGGCUGUUAUGUUGUCCUGAGGGGGGAAAAAACACACGUUUGUAUAUAGUUAUAAAUAUUUCCCUUUUUGUAUUCUGUGUUGAAGGAAGAAGAUGGAGAUGUUUAGUAAAUUACUGACAAAAUGUCGACUGUGAUGACUGUCAAUAUUUUAAAACAACAACCAAGCUUCACACCUUGAGUGUGUUUAUUGAAUGGUGGAUGAGAUAUAUAGACUCAAGUAAAUGUGGAAAUACUUUGGUAUAAAACUAGUUUGGUACUUCCAGAGUCUUGUUCUCAAAUGUUUACGUGGGAGGAAUUUAAUGUGCCAAUCAUAGAUAAAAUGAGUUACCACAUAAUUUCUAUUUCAGUGUGAGAACGUCUCCCAUCUUCAUUGCUGAGUCUAGCCGAGUGGUUAAAGAUGAUCUAAGUUUUAAUUCCCCCGGGGAAAUAGAAAAUGGGAGUGAAAUGAUUUUUUUGGCUCCUUUUGAGCACAACGAAGUACACUUUGAGCUUCUGAAGUGCAAUUACUCCAAACACACAUUCAAAUGCAGUAUUUAAGCAAAGCUAUGUUCCCUUUCCAUCCCUGUACUGAUCCAACAUCGAAAGUGAAUAUAACAAGUUAUCGGCAAAACAAUUUUAUUAUUUAUGAUGAACAACACAAAGUGAACUCGGAUCAAUAAAGACACACUGAACCGUUAAAUACAUUAAUCGGAUAAAUAAGAACAGAUUGAACUGUUAAAUACAUUAAUACAAUAUAAUAAACCCGUUAUGAAUGUGUUGUAUCAAACAUCAACUC